CAGGCGGUGUCACAACUCUGGAUGAGACCGACUGGACACAUCUCGUCUGGACCAUGAGGAGCAUGUACAUCCCAGUGACUGUGUGUUUCAGAACACAGGGCACUUGGGGGUCCAGGAAUCUGCUUUGUGGUGUCGCAUCACAAAGAGCUUUAUGUGUGACAGCAGCAGGGAUGGUGUCAGCUGGAAAGUUGGAGGGUAGAAAAGGAGCUGAGAGAACAGGAGUUAGGAAGGGAGGUGUGGAUGGACGGGUUCGAAGCUUCGAGGAGAUCCCUCACACAGGGAGGAGCGGCUGGGUCAACUUGGUGAAGUUCUGGAGAGAAGAUCGUUUCCGGCAGCUCCACAAGCACAUGGAGAGGACCUUCAACGCCCUCGGCCCCAUCUACAGGGAGCACGUGGGCACUCAGAGCAGUGUGAACAUCAUGUUGCCGCUGGACAUAGCUGAGCUGUUUCGCUCAGAGGGCCUGCACCCCCGACGGAUGACCCUGCAGCCCUGGGCGACGCACAGAGAGACUCGCCAGCACAGCAAGGGAGUCUUCCUCAAGAAUGGUGAGGAGUGGCGAUCUGACCGCCUACUGCUCAACAAGGAGGUGAUGAUGAGCGCGGCCGUGAAGCGUUUUCUCCCCCUGCUCGAUGAGGUUGCGAUGGAUUUCUGCCGAAUGCUGCGGGUGAGAGUGGAGAGGGAGGGGAGAGGCGAGGAGGGGAAACGCAGUUUGACCAUGGAUCCCAGUCCUGACCUCUUUCGCUUCGCACUGGAAGCCAGUUGCCAUGUGAUCUACGGGGAGCGUAUCGGCCUCUUCUCCUCGUCUCCUUCCCUGGAGUCCCAGAAGUUCAUCUGGGCCGUGGAGCGAAUGUUGGCCACGACCCCUCCUCUCCUCUACCUGCCCCCUCGCCUGAUGCUCCUCGUGGGUGCUCCCCUGUGGACGCAGCACGCCAGCGCAUGGGACCACAUCUUCAGCCACGCGGAGGCUCGGAUCCAGAAGGGGUACCAGCGCCUGUCUUCCUCGCAGGCUCGGGGGUCUGAGGGUGCAGCUGGAGGCCAGUACACCGGGGUUCUGGGCCAACUCAUGGAGAAAGGGCAGCUAUCUUUAGACCUCAUCAAAGCCAACGUCACUGAGCUGAUGGCUGGAGGGGUCGACACGACAGCGGUGCCCCUGCAGUUUGCUCUGUUUGAGCUGGGCCGUAACCCGGAGGUGCAGGAGAGGGUGAGGCAGCAGGUGAGGGCGUCAUGGGCACAAGCAGGGGGUGAUGCUCAGAAAGCCCUGCAGGGAGCGCCACUGCUGAAAGGCACAAUCAAGGAGAUCCUCAGGUUAUAUCCGGUGGGAACCACAGUGCAGCGGUAUCCAAUAAAAGAUAUUGUUCUUCAGAAUUACCACGUUCCUGCUGGGACGAUGGUCCAGGCCUGUCUUUACCCCCUGGGAAGGAGUGCAGAGGUGUUUAAUGAUCCACAGCGCUUUGACCCCGGACGUUGGGCCAGCGGCAGAGAGGACGGCCAAAGAGGAGACGGGGCUGGGGGGUUUCGCUCUCUGGCAUUUGGGUUCGGGGCGAGGCAGUGUGUUGGGAGGAGGAUUGCUGAGAACGAGAUGCAACUCUUGCUCAUGCAUAUCCUGCUAAGCUUCCAUCUCAGCGUGUCGUCCUCAGAGGACAUCAAAACAAUAUGCACCCUCAUCCUACAGCCCGAGACUCCUCCGAGGAUCACUUUCAGCAAACUCUGACACACACACAUGCCACACACAGACAGAAGACAGUCAUGCCAUCAACAUUUGACAUGUUUAAUCAAUACAAUACAUUACAAUACAUACUAACUAUAUUCUGAUGGUACUCACUGAAGCUUAUAGUGAGCAUCCUGAUAGCCAAUAAUUCAUAAUACUGAUG